AAUAACUUCUACCUUGGCCUUCUGGCAGAAUUUAGAGGCAAACGCUGUGCUGACUCUCGGACCACCACGUUGCCCGAUCGUUCUGCCUCGGGAGAGCAGGGCUGGGAGGAGAUUUUGUCUUUGGACCACAGGGAAGAUACGCAGACCAUGAAGAAAUCGACUCAGAGUCAUCAGGCAAAAGGUGUGCCUUCUAAAGAUACCGACUGGCCCCGAGAAAGGGAGGGAAAGCCCAAGAUAUCGCUACCAGUUACAUUCAGGGACAUCUCUGUGGUCUUCACUAAGGCAGAAUGGAGGUGGCUGAGCCCUAAGCAGAGGAGCCUAUACAAAGAGGUGAUGCUGGAGAAUUGCAGAAAUCUGCUCGCAUUGGCCACUCCUUAG